GACAGUUGUUUUUUUGACUCUUUCUCAAGAGUGCAAGAAGAUUUGUGAACAAAAAGAAAGUGAUUAUUCAAGUGUUUGUAAAGAAAAUUAAGUAAAAUUAUUUGAAAUUUUAAAUUCGUUCAACAUCGUUGAUUUCUUCUGUUGAAAGAAAGGCGAUUAAAAAACAUAUUAAAGAAAAAAAAGAAAAAAAAAAAGGAGAAAAAAAUUGGACGCAUUUGGUGGUAGAAUAUUUGGAAACAAAGCGAAAAAAGUAUCAUCGCAAUUAUGACGGUCGGCCUGGAUAGUGAGAUCACUAGUCGCUGCAUAGCGACACGUGCCCAACGAGAAAUUUUUCUCAUUGAACAAACGCGUCCAGAUGCCAAUUGCAACGUGUACACUUAUAGAGUCAUCACUGGUGCAUUCGAUCUAGAAAUCUUGGUCAAAGCGAUCGAACAUAUUAUAACGACGAUGACUUUAUUGAAGACACGAUUUAUUUAUUCAGAUGGUGAGCUCUGGCAGAUCUACGAUCGGAAGAUACAGCCCGUUAUAACAACGAUUGAUGUCACCACUCAUUCCACGCCAUUUGAAGAGGCGUUGAGACUAUUGGUAAAAGAUUCAAAAAAGCCUUGCGGCAUGACCACCGGUAAACUCUACGAGUUUACGAUCUAUAUCGUUGACAGUGACAAAUAUGUACUUUAUUCGCGGUGUCAUCAUGGCCUCAUAGACGGUAGUUCGUGGAUAAAAAUGGAAUCCGUGCUUGUUGCUGCCUACAAUGAUUUAAAGCAAAGUGGGAAGAUCAUUAGUCAAUCUAAGUCGCGUUUUGAUGCUCUUGCAAUCGCUGACGCUGCUUAUCAAGCUUCAGACGAUCGCAAAGAAGACGAGAAAUUUUGGCAGGCUUAUGUCCAGCAAUUGGAACGCUUUGCUCACACACAACGAAGUGUUAAUUCUGUUGGAACAAAGUCAACAUAUCGUCAAACAUUGACAUUGAGCACCACUGAAUACCAAAUAUUGCAACAGGCUGCGGCAGCAAUGAAUAUUCCGGAAUCCCUUCUUUACAUUGGCAUUUCAGCAUUUUUUCUCCGUAACCUUCUCGGUCAUGAUUACCUGAGUCUCAGUCUACCAGUGCGUGGAACGGAUUUAACUCGAGAAAUUGGCAUGACAGCCAACAUCUUACCAUUGCUGUUGCAUAUCCCUGGGCAUGCUACCAUACCCGAAAUCAUACGUCAAAUUGCUCAAGAAGCUAAAUCAAUCUUGAAACAUCAACGCUACCGAGUCGACGAUAUUCUAAAGCUCGCCAAAUUUAGGUUAAAUGGUAGUUUUGGUCCUUUCGUGAAUAUACAACGAUGUGGACCGGGAUUUGAAGGUUGUAGCAGUACAAAUCAUUUCGGUGGGAGCGUAGAUAUUGAUGAUUUGAACAUGACAUUCUGGUCAGAUCGUUCAAAUGAUCGACUUGACAUUGUGUUUGAUGAUCUUCAUGAUGGUCAUUCAGAAGAACAACUCACUGCCUUGAAAAACCACUUGAUGUUCAUUUUAAAAAAGAUGGUAGAUGCGGUGGACAGCACAGUUGACACACUUGAUGAACGUUGUCGCGCCGUUAUAACUGGUGAUCUAUGCGAGAGUUUUUAUGUUAAUCGGCGAAAUCCAAUCGCAGCUGGCUUUUUACAGUGGAGUCGAGACUGUGACUUCUUGAUUCGUCUCGUGCAUUCCAACACGUGGGUAGGAUGUGGUGCCAAUCCAUUUGCAAUCUCAAAAGUUCUUCUUGUCGAUCGCUCUGUGGGCAUCGGCAAGCUGGAACGCGUAGCGGAUUCGGUAUGCGCAAAAACACCGGGCACAGUGGUGGCAAUUUAUGAAACUGCUUGGUACGUGGCUGCUGCAGACGGAGUGGUAGAAAUAAGCAAUUUUUUGGAUGGAUUCGGCCAACAAAUCUCAGCUCAAACUCUCGCUAAUCAAUGUCAUAUUAUCGAAGGUAGCCAGCUUCCAGUCAUCACACCCGAACAAGCUGAACAUUUUGGCAAGGCACAUGCUACGACCUUGUCAUCAGAGCCUUACUGGUCGCAGCGUCUUACUAACUAUGAACCAUGUCAACUAUCUGUCGUGCAAAAUACAGUCAAUCAAUCACCGGCAUGGGCCGCAUCGUCGUAUCAAAUCUCAAAAGAUUUCAGUGCGAUUGAGGUACUUACUGCAUGGAUCAUUUACAUUGCUCGAGAUACUAAAAUGUCAAAAUUACAAAUUGGCUGGGAUGCAACUGAGAGUUUGCAUGAAAACAGCGCAUUAGCAUGCAUAUAUGCCAAGACUGUUCCAUUUGAGUCUGUCAUCGAUUUGAAUGGUACAUUUUCAGAUGUUGUGGCCAGCGUAGAAGAACAAUAUAGACAAUUGGUCAAUCACUUACCAUGCUUGUCAGACACACUCAUUCGCCAUGCUUCGAACUCUAUAAAGGAUUCGCGCGGCAAAAAACCCUGGGCAUUGGCAGUGUCUCUAAACGAUACGCAAGUUGAAUAUGAGUAUUCCACGACUACUGGCAGUGAACUUGCUCCGUAUGCCCAUGGCAGCCUGAUGACAAUGCAGAUCAACAAACACAGCGGUGCAUUUAGAUGGAUCUACGACACCAGCCGAAUAUCUGAAAAAGAAAUGAAUCGUGUCUCCUCACAUUUGUUAGUUUUGCUUGCAUCUGCUCACAGUGACGAUAAAGUAAAACAACCAGUGGCUAAAUUGGAUCUAUUGCCCAAGGAUGAGCGUGAUCUACUACUUUUUACUUGGAACCAGGAAACAAAGACCUACCCACCUGCCUGUUGUCUUCACCAAUUAUUUGAGAAGCAGGUAGAACGCGACGGAGAAGCGAUUGCCGUGGAGUGCAAAGGAAAGACUCUAAGCUAUUCAGAGCUCAAUGCCCAAGCCAAUCGAUUAGCACAUUACUUGAUUGCACGAGGCGUAAAACCAGACGAUCGUAUUGCACUUUGCGUUGAACGCAGCACAACAAUGCUCGUUGCUAUCCUAGGUAUUCUAAAGGCUGGCGGUGCCUAUGUACCACUCGAUCCGGUCUACUCGAGCCAACGUUUGACCGAUAUUCUACAAGAUGCCAAUCCGAUAUUCCUAUUGGCAGAUGCUGUUGGCCAAAAAGCACUCGGUGAACAUCAAGUACCAGUGGUUGACUUAGACAAAUCAUUGCCUGACGACUUACAAAUCGAUAAUCCAGACAUGAUUAAGCUUGGACUCAAUCCAACUCAUCUGGCCUAUAUCAUUUACACUUCUGGUUCAACAGGUACACCGAAAGGAGUAAUGGUUGAACAUAAGCAAGUCGUACGACUCUUUGAGGCUACACGCGAACACUUUGAUUUUAAUAAAGAAGACAAGUGGUGUUUAUUCCAUUCAUUCUCUUUUGAUGUUUCGGUGUGGGAGAUGUGGGGCGCAUUAUCGAAUGGAAGCCAACUGUCGAUUGUAUACGUUCAUUCAUCGGAUGAAUUUCACGAUUGGAUAUGUGCUCGUGAAAUCACUGUACUGAGUCAAACCCCAUCGGCAUUCAAAUCACUCAUGCUUGCAAAAAAUACAUUACCAAACUUCAAUCGAUUACGAUAUCUCAUAUUCGCUGGGGAAGCAUUUGAUCCAUUGAUUGCAAAGGAAUGGUGGGAAAAAUAUGAGAAAAAUGGGACAGUAUUGGUCAAUAUGUAUGGACCCACAGAAACAAUUCAUGCUACCUAUCAACGAAUCGACUCUUUAGAAAAUGCCUACUCCAUUGGACGACCACUCGCAGAUCUUCGUGCAUAUUUGCUAGAUUCAUAUGGCGAGCCAGUGCCGUUGGGAGCCGAAGGAGAAUUGUAUAUUGGUGGUGCUGGUGUAGCGCGUGGCUAUCUAAACCGUCCUGAACUAACUGCUGAACGUUUUCUAACCGAUCCAUUCAGUGACAAUCCAGCUGCACGCAUGUAUCGUACCGGUGAUCGAGUACGUUAUUUGCCUGAUGGCAAUUUGGUAUAUAUGGGACGCAUGGAUCAGCAAGUGAAAAUCCGUGGUUUCCGAAUUGAGCUCGGCGAAAUCGAAGCCCACCUAGUCGAACAUCCCCAGGUGCACGAAGCAGUCGUACAAGUACAAUCAUAUGGCAGUGGAUCAGAGGCUCGUCUGGUUGCUUAUGUGGUGGCCGAUGGAGAUAUAUCAUUGGUACAAAAUUUGCGCACCCAUUUGUCAAAAUUACUGCCCGACUAUAUGAUACCAGCGGCUUAUAUGCGUCUCCCGUCUUUACCACUUACACCCAAUGGCAAGCUAGACCGUCGAGCACUACCAGCUCCUGACGAUGAUGCAUUCGUUCGUCAGCAGUAUGAAGCUCCACAGAGUGAAAUGGAAGAAAAACUGGCCAAUAUCUGGCGUGAAGUACUUGGCAUUGAACGUAUUAGUCGACAUGAUAAUUUCUUCGAGUUGGGUGGCCAUUCUCUUCAUGUGAUACAUUUUAUCAACAAAGCCAAAUACUAUGAUGUGCACAUUGAUGCCCGUGUUGUUUUUUCUUUUCCAAUACUCAAAGAUUUGGCCGAACAAAUAAGCAAACGUUUCAAUCGAUUGUAUUGUGACACUGCCAUUCCAGUUCGUCAAUACGGAAAUGAGGCAAUUCUAUUUGUGUUGCCAGAUUGCCGAGGUGAUAUUUCUUAUGCUUUCGAAUUGGCCCAUGAUAUCGAUAAAAAUAUUCCCGUUUAUGUGCUACCAUGGUCAUCGCCAGAGAGUGAACAGCCGUCAUCCAUCGAAGAAAUGGCCAGUACAACGAUCGAACAUAUGCAGAAAAUUCAAGCGAAUGGUCCUUAUUCUAUUGCUGGAUACUCCGCUGGUGGUAUUCUCGCCUAUGAAACGGCUAAACAGCUUAUAAACAGAGGCCAAGAGAUUUCAUUUUUAGGCUUAAUCGAUACGUAUCUAUUUCAUCCAGAAGGACUUGGUGGAACGCUGAUGUUUUUAACAUAUUUACUGCAUAAAUACCCAAGUUUUACAACGUUAAACGAUUCAAAAUGGUGGGCCCGUGUCAUCGAAUUACCUUUGAAUGAAGCAGUUGACGCGAUAAAAGAGACGGGUUUCGAAAACAUCGAUAUCGAUUGGGAAGUGUUGCUUUCGAAACAACGUUACAAUUAUAAGGAUUUAUGUGCAUCGAUGAAAGUGGAUGCACUACCGAUCAAGACAUAUUUAUUCAGAGCAAUCAAUUUAUUUGCAUUCCCUGCUGCUCUUGAACCAUUGGCUGAUGCUUUGAAGCGAUAUGUGGAUAUGUUUGAGCAAUUAUUCAACUUACCGAACCUGGGAUGGGAAAAUUCAAAUUCUUCUGCAGAUUUUCAUGUUAUCGAUGUAGAUGGUGAUCAUUUUACAUUGAUGACGGAUCCGAAAUCGCGAGCUUCACUGGGAAAAAAAAUUAGCAAAAUUUUUACAGCCAAGGAUGACGAAAUCAUUGAAAAAUGAUUAACUGAUCAUUAGUCAAUUCUUAAUUAAUGAUGUAGUGUUGAGAAUAUAUGUAUGUUUUAAAUUAUGUCCAAAAUAUCAAAGUAAAAUCUCACUCAGUGAAAACAUCUAAAUUAUGAAAUAUUUCAGAAUUUUUGAAUGAAAUAAAACAAAUCCGUGCAAUUUUUGAAUAGACAUUAUAUUUAGAAUCGAAUAUGUAUUCAACGACAAGCAUAAUCUAAAUGAGUAAUAAAAUGCCAACCAAAAUAAGGAUUAAAACCAAUUUUUGGUAGAAAAAUAAAAUCAUCCACAAAA